AUGUCUGACCAGAUCAAGGAACUCGCCGACGUCCCUAAGGACUUCAUCAAGGACGGCACCCAGUUCAUCAACAGAUGCACCAAGCCCGACAAGCGCGAGUUUAUCAAGAUUUCCCAGGCCGUCGGUGUCGGCUUCGUCGUUAUGGGCGCCAUUGGCUACAUUGUCAAGCUAGUACACAUCCCCGUCAACAACAUUCUGGUCGGCGGCUCGUAA